GUUCAAAUUCACAUGAGCCAAGAGAGCUCUAGUCUGAAUUUAUGCAAUGGACUAGGUCAAUAUGAUAAUAUAACGGGGAAAAUCGAGUGAUCAUUAAUAUAGCAAGAUGGCUUUAGUAGUGCCCAUUUGUUUUCUGCUCGUUCUUCUACACACAUCCAAGGUAUCUGGUGUAGCCUGCCCUAACGGAUGGACAAGACAUGACACAUCGUGUUACUUCUUCGUGGACAUGCAGGAAUCAUGGGAGGACGCAUCUGCUCACUGCGAGGCAUUCGACUCCCAACUAGCUGCCAUUGAAACGGAGAGGGAAGAUGUCUUUAUUAGGAAUACUCUCAUUCAUCUUCAUGCGCAUGACUCUAGUCCUUCCGUUAAGUACUGGACAGACGGGACCGAUGUCGCCACUGAGACAGAGUGGAUAUGGGCUUACUCCGAGAAACCAAUCCUUGAUUACUCACACUGGUGUCCAAACCAACCAGAUAACUUCAAUUCCGACGAAGAUUGUAUGAGGCUGGCAAAAUUCUGUGGAUUCGGCUGGGACGACGGCAACUGUGAAUCUAAACAUUACUUCAUCUGUGAAAGAUACGACAAGGAUUUUCCACUACCUGAUGUGGAACCGACUGACAUUGGAAUCAUUGGCUGAUGACUCGGUGUCUUAAACAUCACCUUACACAUAGAGAACGGCUACAAUACGUAUUUACAAUAAAGGUACAAAUAUCAGGU